GUCCUGAAGGGGUUUCCAGAAUGCUUACAAGCUGAUAUCUGUCUGCACCUCAACCAAAAUUUGCUUCAGAAUUGCAAAGCUUUCCGGGGGGCCAGUAAAGGCUGUCUUCGAGCUUUGGCUAUGAAGUUUAAGACAACACAUGCACCUCCUGGGGACACUCUAGUGCACUGUGGAGAUGUUCUCACUGCUCUUUACUUUGUGUCAAGAGGCUCUAUUGAAAUCCUUAAGAGUGACAUUGUUGUAGCCAUACUUGGAAAAAAUGAUAUUUUUGGAGAGAUGGUACAUCUUUAUGCAAAACCAGGAAAGUCAAAUGCUGAUGUGAGAGCUUUAACCUACUGUGAUUUACAUAAGAUCCAGCGAGAAGAUCUACUAGAAGUGUUGGAUAUGUACCCUGAAUUUUCAGAUCUCUUCCUCACCAAUCUAGAACUAACUUUUAAUCUGAGAGAUGAAACUGCAAAGUCCGACCUCAUAAUAAGAUCACAAACUACUAAUGAUACGGAUGGAGAUAACUGCAAACUACGAAGACGGAAAUUGUCCUUUCAAAGUGAAAUAGAGAAAGAUUAUUUCAAAGAGAACGAUCAGAGUGAUCCUGAACCCUCUGGAGACACCACCAUAUACUAUCAAUCUAUCAAGAAACAGUGUGAGGAGAAAAAGAGUGGGUCAUCAUCUUUUGUGUCCUCCAUUGAAGAUGAGCAAAAGCCCCUGUUCUCUGGGAUAGCCGAUUACCCAUCUGUAACAGAGAAAACCACAGAGGUGGACUUUGAAGAAAUGGUUCAUGCCACAGAAGAAGUUCUUACUGACAAAAGAAGCAAUUCUUGCAAAGAUAUCGGUGAUAAAAGAAACUGGGAGCAGGAGAACAUCCAGGAGUACCAGGACUCCCCGACUCAGUCAGCAUUGCCCAAUGUUACAUGGGGCAUCUGUGAAACUGAAAGUGAUUUUAUAUACGGGGAAGUGGAGAAUCGUUUGGAUUUACUUCAAGAACAACUCAACAGGCUUGAAUCCCAAAUGACUGCUGACAUCCAAACCAUCCUGCAACUUCUACAAAGGCAGUCAACGCUCAUUCCACCUGCCUACAGCAUGGUGACUGCAGGGGCGGAGUAUCAACAGCCAGCGAUCCAGGUGAUGCAAAAGCUUCAGCCUGCAGCAUCGAUUAAAACAGACAGAAGUUUCAGUCCUUCAUCUCAGUGUCCUGAACUUCUAAACCUUGAAAAAUCGAAACUUAAAUCCAAAGAAUCCCUCUCAAGCGGAGUGCAACUUAACACAGCCUCGGAAGACAACCUGGCUUCUUUUUUAGAUCAAGAACGUGACCAGUCUGUAGAGCAUCCCCCACAGCCUUGUAAAACUUAUCAUCUCCCACCAAUCAGGCACCCCUCCUUGCCAGAAUCUUCACUAAGCACUGUAGGAAUCUUGAGUCUUCAUAGGCAUGUUUCUGAUCCUGGUCUUCCUGGGAAAUAA